UACCGGCAACCACGCCCGACCGACCUGUAACGGACUGCACCCGCUGACGAACGCUGAUACCACCCAGCCUGCAGCUGGCAGAGGGAACGACAAAACGACCAAGCCCUAGCCUCCACGUGACGACUAUGACGAACAGAAUCUACAUCGGACACCUUUCCCCGCACACGCGGGACAGGGACCUCGACCGGGCGUUCGGCAGAUACGGCAGGAUCGAGAAAAUCGAUGUCCGGAUGGGAUUUGCCUUCAUCGAGUUCGAGGACCGCCGCGACGCCGAGGACGCUGUUGCCGAAAUGGACGGCCGCGAGUUCGACGGUGCGCGCAUCGUCGUCCAGCCCGGCCGCGGGCACCGCCCCAACGGCCCCAAGUUCGCUACCCGCCGCACGGAGCACCGCAUCACCGUGGAGGGCCUUGACUCCCACACCAGCUGGCAAGAUCUCAAGGACUUCGGGCGGCAGGCAGGCCAGGUGCUCUACAGCGAUGUAUUCUUCCGACAAGGCCGUCGCUGGGGGGUUGUGGAGUACGUGUCACGGGACGACAUGAAGGCGGCCAUCCGCACCCUUGACGACACACGACUCGGCGGGAAGUACAUCCGCGUGAGGGAGGAGAACAGCGGUCGCGACAGCCGCUCUCGCAGCCGCUCCCGCAGCCGCUCCCGCGACCGCCGCCGCUCCCGCAGCUACUCCCGCUCCCGCUCCCCGCCUGCCCGCCGGCGCGAGCGUUCGCCGUCGCCCGAUGACCGGGGACGGGGGCGGGGGCGCACCCGGGACUACAGCCGCAGCCGUAGCCGUUCUCCCGCCCGCCACAGCCGCAGUAGGAGCCGUCACUCUCGCUGAGACGAGUGAGAGAACAACGGACCGGGGAACGGACAUGAGAGCAGACAAGAGAGGAGAGGAAGAGGGAGACUCUCCGGAGACUGUUCGUCGUUUUCGAUCGUUCGGUUAUGUGAUCUCUUUCUCUCCUUUUAUUUUUGCUCUUUCUCCCUCGCCCCUUCUCUUCCUCUACGGUGGCUCUCUGUCUUGUCUUCUUUUCCUGCUUCAUGAUAUCUACUGUACCACAAACCUCUUUCGUCAGUUUUGGAUCCGUUUCUGAGGUGCUGGCGUAUUUCGGCAAAGGAUCGGUUACACACCACAGAAGCAUCAAUCGCGGCUCGAAGCUUGUGGGAGGGAAGAGAGGGGAAGAGGAAGCACUUGUUUGUUUGAGGAAGGCCGGUAAGUCGGCUUGUCCAUGACAUCCUCCGGACAACCUAGCGGAUCGGGCCGGCUCACCUCUGCCGCUUGGGUCCCAAUGAAUGAGGCCAGGCGCACGACCGGCAGUGCCUAGGAAGACGAUGGUGAAAAAUUUAGGCUCGAAGGACGGGAUGGACGUGUCUGGAUUGCAACGGACGAUUGAUGGCGGCGAGGUCAAAAAGCUAAAUUGGCGUAAGUGAAAUUCGUCGGAUGUUGUUUUCUGCCGCCCGUUGUUGCGACCCCGGUUGUUGUUCUUUUAUCUCGUGGAGUGUCGCGUUGGUCCGUUCAACAACUUUCAACGCGGUAAGAUCACAUGCGCUCCUUUCACCAAGUGCACCUUUUUUUUUUCUCUCAUCUGUGUCGCUUUUUGUUGCCGGCUCAAUUCGUGUGUGUUCAAAAAGUAUGUGGUUUUUUCGGAUUUGAUUGCCUGGACGGUCUGGACUGGUAUCUAUCUGGCUCCAAGUGGCCUGGGUCAUCAGGUUCCUCCUGGUUGCUGAUGAGGGGAAAGUCGAGAGAGGAGGGAGACGUGUGCGAUGAUCAAAAGAGCGAAGGGUGCACCGCUGUGGAGCAUGCUCGCUCGUGACAGGCCGGAUAUUUGUGGUAUGAGGAAUGAAGGGAGGCGUUAAAUGUCUAGCUCCGUCGCCCCCUCAUGUUUGUUUUAUUUUCAGGACCGCUUCCCUUGUCUACGCGGUGUGUAGUAAACCCGAAGUAGGGAACAGUUUCAUUUGUUCAAGGGUAGCCUCACAGGUGCUGCAUGGUUGUCAUGUAUAUGUUGCACGCUCGGGAAGAUAGCGUUUAGUUUGUUGAGAGAAACGCGAGCCCGAUGCCGUAAGAUGUUGCAUGCGCGUUGUUGUAGUACAACUGAGCAACGAUGGAGCGUUGCUGAACGACGCCAACACGUCACUUGAUAGUGGCGGGCAUAUCAUUGCACUGAUGCCAACUCGACCAACGAAGCGUUCGGACCUCUUGGCCCAUGUAGAGCGGCUGCAGAGGCAGCGGACGUGACCUCGCGCUCGUACACGAAAGACAACGCGUUAGUAAUCUACGAAGGGUGUCGCUGUGUUUUCGGUGGCGUACGCCGGGAUGGAAUGUCGCAUCAUCCCUCCACCCGCUGUCCCUGACUAUCACUCAUCAUGCGAUACGGGUUCAUGAGGCGGAGGAACGUUACAACAGGUGUUCCGGAUCUGGUCUGGUCUGGUCUGGUGUGUAGUUCGCCGUGGUUCUGGACGUCCUUCGCCAGGGCGAUCAUGGUGGCAGUAAUGUGCCACAUUUUGUCAACGGUGCAUGCCCUGGACCCUUAGCUCGACAAGUCCCACCAGUCUGGACUGAGAUCUGUGGUCUGUGGUCUGUGGUCUGGUUCUAUAUGGAAAUUUCGGGUUCUGGUCUCUGAUGAACUAACGAGAGCGAAACUGGGAAACUGGACUGGAUAUUUACCGGGUUUCUGGGCUGAAGGAAACAGGCGGUACGGGCAUUUAUUGCGCGUGGGGUUUAUUUUUCAAGUAAAUUUUAUCGAAUUUCCAAUGCAAAAUUGUACUUAGUCCAAUCAUUCACCGCUUUCAAGUUAUGAGCUUAUCACAUGAGCUUGAGGAUAGCGGCAACGGAGAUGUGGCACCACUCACCGCUCGUCCGUAGGUGCCGCUGCCAACCGUUCCUCUGCUGAUGGGUGGGCGGGUUACGGUCUCAGCUCACCCCGUGCCUUCCUUGUGAUGCCGUCGAAACACUUGCCUCCUUGUCACGCUGUUGCUCAGUUUGCUGGCCGUAUCCUGCGGUAGAGGCUGACGCACACCUAAGUUCGGGCUUGUGACACCCAUUUUUGGUUGAACGAGGAGAAAUUGGAGCACCUACCCUGCCCUUUCCUAUCAUCCGCAAGUAAAAGAAUGGUGCCCCCGAAUGCGCUGCGGCACAACGCCAAUCGGGUUUCACGGUUUUCCUGGAGAUGGCUUGACUGAACGUGCGCGCAUCACUUCAGACAGAAAGAUGUAUGUAUCCGCCCCUGCCAAACAUGGACUCACAGUAUAAACAGUUCGGAUGACUGAUGUUCCUUCUCCUGAUCCGCAUUUCUGUAGUACGGAAACACGAAAGUGGUGCGGAUACAGAGCUAUUCUCAGCACACGUACUGAUCGGCCAACUCUUUUUUUUGUAGGAAUGGAGGGUGUUCUGGACAUACUUGCAGAUUGUCGGGGGGCGGUAAGGGGAGUGAAACUUCUUUUGAAUGGGAUACACGCAUCAUUUGUGUUUCCUUGAAUCGCAGCGGAGGGGUAGAAACGAAAUUGCUUA